GUCCCCUUAGCGGCUCAUUUCCUGACUGGUAUGUUCAGGUACCAAUUCUUCUGGCAGUUCAAGAAGCUGAGCCUUAGGGAACAGAAACGAUCUUAUCGGUCCGUUUCUUCCCCUUUCAUCCUCCCCCCCUCACCACUCCCUUCUCCUUCCUCGACAGUUCUCAGAAUCUACGGCUGCUACAUCUGCCCGUCACUGCCCAGCCUGGCGUGUACCGCCAGCCUAGGAUGCGCUUCCUCCUACGCAGGUGUACCCAGCACCAGGGAUAGGUAACAGCUCCCCGCGCAUUGAAAGCAGCGCAUGCGUAGGCAGAGAGGAGCCCACUGAAGGAAGAAAAACUAUGAGCCCACUGCGCAUGUGUAAGAAGAGGUCCUGGUACAGUUCAUGGAAGGUGAUAAAUGCUAAUUGAUUCCAGGUAUGGAACUGGAUAUUAAAAACAUACAAGUGGGAGAUGGAACAUUGUAUUUGAAGAACAAGAAGGCCAGUGUGGUCACACCAUAGAGUAUAAUAAAGCCAAAGAGACAGGCUGCAAAGAACCAGACAGUUCAGACAUUGGAAUGGAAGGCAAGUGCUGCAGUCAGCCUGGACCACGCAUUACAUCAGUGGCUUCCACAAGUCUUCUAGGGGCGAUGUUUGUGACUUUAAGUUCAAGUCGUAUUCUGUUGAUGAAAUUCUCAGCCAAUGAAGAGAAUAAAUAUGAUUAUCUUCCUACAACUGUCAACAUGUGUUCAGAACUUGUGAAGCUGAUCUUUUGUGUGGCUGUGGCAAUCUGGGCUUUGAAGAAAGAAGACUACCAGUGUAAAGAUUUUGGAUGUGCCUCUUGGAGAGAACUCUGCCAUUAUAUGAAGUGGUCCAUUCCUGCCUUCCUUUACUUUCUGGAUAACCUGAUUGUCUUCUAUGUCCUGUCCUAUCUUCAGCCUGCCAUGGCUGUGCUCUUCUCAAAUUUUAGCAUUAUAACAACAGCUCUUCUAUUCAGGAUAGUGCUAAAGCGGCAUCUCACCUGGAUACAGUGGGCUUGUCUGAUGAUUCUCUUUUUGUCAAUUGUGGCUUUGACGGCAGGGACUGAAAAUACACACUUGACAAGACAUGGAUUUCAUCAUGAUGCCUUUUUCAGCCCAUCCAACUCUUGCUUCCUCCUCACCAGGCCUCUCAGUGAGUGCCAUGGAAAAGACAAUUGCACAGCAAAGCAAUGGACUCUUCCUGAAGUCAAAUGGAACACUACUGCCAGGACUUUCAGUCGUAUCCGCCUGGGCCUGGGUCACGUGCUUGUGAUAGUUCAGUGUUUUAUUUCCUCGAUGGCCAACAUCUAUAAUGAAAAGAUAUUUAAGGAAGGGGACCAGCUCACUGAAAAUAUCUUCAUACAAAAUAGCAAACUCUAUGCUUUUGGAGUGUUUUUUAAUGGUCUGACCCUAAGCCUUCAGACCACUAAUAGUGGCCAGAUGGAGAAUUGUGGGAUUUUUUAUGGCCACAAUGCAUUUUCAGUAGCACUUAUUUUUGUCACUGCUCUCCAGGGUCUCUCAGUAGCCUUUAUUCUGAAAUUCCUGGAUAAUAUGUUCCAUGUUCUGAUGGCUCAAGUCACAACAGUGAUAAUCACUACAAUAUCUGUCCUGGUCUUUGACUUCAAACCAUCUUUGGAGUUCUUUUUGGAAGCCCCAACAGUCCUUCUUUCUAUAUUUAUUUAUAACUCUAGUAAAUCUAGAAGUCUGGUAUACGCUUCUAUGCAAGAGAGAACCAAAGAUCUAAGUGGCAAUCUCUGGGAACGGUCAAGUGGGGAUGGAGAAGAACUGGAACUCCUGACUAAACCCAGCAGUGACAAUGAAUCGGAAGAUGAUGCUCUGUAGUUGAGACCCAAAACAAGUGGUGGCUCUCUAGAAUCAGCUGUUCAUUUGAAAUGUUUUCCUUUUCACUUUGAACUUUUUCACUUGCUACUUUGGUACAGAAUACCACUCCAAGACCAGAGGCUCAAGGAAAUAGCUGUGGUGUUGGGGCACAGUAGCACUAGCCCCACACUUUAUGAGUCAGUGUGAAAUAUUUACAGGGUAUCCUCAAAGUGCCAAAAAAUAUGCAGUGGACACUUUAGCUAGCCCCCUAAACUUGUGGGAAAAACUCAUGUCAGUCCAUCAAGGACCUGUAAUUUCAUCAGUGUGGCAGUUCCUUCUACAAAUACAAAUCAUAACCUGUCUCUACUUUAUAGUUUCAGAAUUUCCUAAGGUUCAGAGAAGUUAGGAUUCACAGUGAGUAGAUGCCUCACCAAAAAUGAAGGUCAUGGCUCUCCUGCCCCGAGGAGAAAAUAAGUCUUUAUUUUUCUCCUUCUAUAGAUAUAAAUAUUACUUAAGUAACUCCCUUGCAUGUUGAGGGCACCGUGAUCUCUUUAUUUUUCUCUUAAGGGAAAUGUGUACCCUUAAUCAGAUUUUUGCUUUAAAGAAUCCAAAUUUCUGAUAACUCAGCAGAAUGUGGAAUUUGUAUAUUAUUUUUUCUUUUGCCAAAGAAUUAAUUUCUUUUUUCUAAAAACCAAAUGUCCAAAUUUGAAUUUUACAGGAUUCAUGAGCAAUAAGAUUUUAGUGAUUGUUGUGUAAACUUCUUAAGUGAACAACGCUUUAAAUGAAAGUGGAAUUUCCAGAUCACCAUAGUUGCCACUCAUACCCAGUAAUUUAUUCACUGAACAAGCAGGAGCUUUUUUCUCCAUUAAAAAAAUCUUAAGUUCAUUAUUUUUGAAUACAAUUAAAUUUCAAUGAAUAAUAUGUUUGUGGAUUAUUAAGCAGUGUUUUUGACUGAUAGGUGUGUCUGCAUCCUGUAUCAUAUUUUUUCUGGAGAGUUAGGGAUUGUUUCAAAGUUAGAACAGUGUGAAUGCAGCUGUGAUGCCUGAAUGAGAGUUCCUCAAAUGGAGGACUUUGAAAAUAAGUAUUAGUAUUAUACAGAUAUGAACUAAUUAUUUUAAAACAGAAAGACUUAAUAAAUAAAA